CCUCAGCCUCGUUGUGGAGACGUGACGUCAGACCUAUUUAAACCAGACGCGUUCUUUGUCCGCGGUCAUUUUGUUGCGCAGCGGCUCGUGAGGAGUGAGCGAAGAGAUCAAAUGACCAUGUUGGAAGCAGACCGCCCUGGAAAACUGUUCAUUGGGGGCUUGAACACAGAGACUACAGAGAAGGCUUUGGAAGCUGUAUUUGGCAAAUAUGGCCAUAUAGCAGAAGUACUUUUAAUGAAAGAUCGUGAGACAAACAAAUCCAGAGGGUUUGCCUUUGUCACAUUUGAGAGUCCUGCAGAUGCCAAGGAUGCUGCAAGAGAAUUGAAUGGAAAGGCACUAGAUGGAAAGCCAAUCAAGGUGGAGCAAGCCACAAAGCCAUCCUUUGGAGCAGGCAGUAGGCGUGGUCCACCACCUCCGCCAAGAAGUCGUGGCCCUCCAAGAGGUCUUAGAGGGUCAAGAGGAGGAGGAGGAGGCGAUUAUGGUUCUUCAAGAGGUGGAAUGUCGCUGAAAAGAGGGCCCCCACCACGCAGUGGUGGCCCUCCACCUAAAAGAUCUGCCCCUUCUGGCCCUAUCCGCAGCAGUGGCAUGAGUGGACGAGCUCCACUGUCACGUGAAAGGGACGGCUAUGGUGGACCACCCCGCAGAGAUUCACUGCCAUCACGCAGAGAUGACUACAUGUCACCAAGAGAUGAUGGUUACAGCGCAAAGGAUCGUUAUGAUGGUUAUUCUAGAGAUUAUGGCAGCUCCAGAGAUUCAAGAGAUUAUGCACCACCUCCACGAGAUUAUGCUUAUCGGGAUUAUGGUCACUCAAGCUCUCGUGAUGAUUAUGGAUCAAGAGGUUAUAGUGAUCGUGAUGGCUAUGGGGGAGGACGUGAUAGAGAUUACUCCGAUCAUCCAAGUGGAGGAGGUUCUUACAGAGACUCUUAUGAGCCCUAUGGUAACUCACGUAGUGCCCCACCCACAAGAGGGCCCCCUCCAUCAUAUGGUGGAAGCAGUCGCUAUGACGAUUAUGGCAGCUCUCGAGAUGGCUACGGAGGCAGAGACAGUUACUCAAGCAGCAGAAAUGAUAUGUACUCAAGUGGACGUGACAGAGUUGGCCGUCAAGAUCGUGGCCUGCCCCCUCCAAUGGAUAGAGGCUAUCCACCUCCACGUGAUUCAUACAGCAGCUCAAGUCGGGGUGCUCCCCGUGGUGGCGGCAGAGGCGGAAGCAGAUCUGAUAGAGGAGGUGGCAGAAGCAGAUACUAAAAGCAAAAAAAUCAUUAAACAUGGACCAAAGACUUUCUGUAAUGAGAGUGGCGUUUGCUCUGCAUUUACCACCAGCGGACUACUAAGAGGAGUUUGUUUUUGUUUUUAUUUAUCUUUUACUUUUUUACCUGUAAGUUCUCUCCUCCAUCUAUGAUCAUUUGAGGAAGUUAAAAUGCUUAAUCUUCAGAUUUUGUUAGCUUUUCUCUGAAAUGUACAAUGUGUAGUAUAAGUUGUGUAUUAGUGUUGUAACUUUUUUCUAAAGUAAAGUCUCACUAAAAACAAA